AGUGCUCGGCUCCUAAGGUCAAUCCAUCAACAUGGUGCUCUCUCUGUCUGUGUUUUGUAUGUGUUUUACCAUGAGGAAUAUUAUUUGACUUGGCCGUGAGAUCCUCUGUCUCUCUCGCUCCCCCGACUGCCAAUUUUCAGAAAAUAUGUUAGUUGACUAAGGAGCCGCCCAGGGGAUCCUCCAGGCAAUGAGGGAAUGGUAGACCAGCCAGAGCCAUGAUGUGGCUGCGGAGGAGUGAGCAACGAGAGCGUAGGUGUCGGUUACGCAUCGGCAAGCACCAUGGUGUCCAGAAGGUGGCAGCAAUUGACCACACAUCAGCAAGAGUCUCGACCCACGGCUCUCGGCUUAGCCGUUGUGGUCGGGUCAGCAAGUGGAGGAGAAGAAGUGGAAGUCUUUUGAAAGAGACCUGUAAAGAGAACGUAUUGCCAUAUCAUAGCCUGAAAAGGGGGAUCUCCCGGUCCAGAAAACUCCUGCUUGAGGACAAAAUGUGCUCAAAAAUUUCUGAUGAUGAAAUACAGGAAAGUGAAGAAACAAAAGAGAACUGGCAAGGUCGCGGUUUCAGCAGUGGGGGUGGACUCUAUCAGGGAACCAAUAACCAAAAUCUUUCUCUCACUCUUGUGCCAGAAUUUUCCCAUCUCUUGCACCAGAAACGGGAGGAGAGAGAUGAUGAUGUGGACCUAGAAGCACUAGAAUGUGGGUACGAUGACACUGACCCAGAUGUUGGGCUGGACCAGUUAAAGCCCACCGAUGACGAGUGCUACGUCUUCUAUCCAGAUGAGGAGGAUGCUACCCGGGAAAUACCAUCCCACAUUGACGCCCAGAGCAAUAUGGUGACCCAGUGUUCUACAGUGGAUGAGGAGUGGGAAACGUUUGACCCAUACUUAUUUAUCAAACACUUGCCCCCCCUCACUUCUGAAAUGAGAGCUCGCUGCCCUGCCUUGCCUCUCAAGACAAGAAGUAGUCCUGAGUUCUCUCUAGUGCUAGAUCUUGAUGAAACAUUGGUCCAUUGCAGUCUUCAAGAAUUAGAGGAUGCUUCAUUCUCAUUUCCAGUCCUAUUCCAAGAAUGCAGCUAUACUGUGUUUGUGCGCACACGGCCUUAUUUCAGAGAGUUUCUUGAACGAGUUUCAGCUCUCUUUGAGGUCAUAUUGUUUACAGCUUCAAAACGAGUGUAUGCUGAUAAACUAUUAAACCUUCUGGACCCAUCUCGAAGAUGGAUCAAGUAUCGGCUGUUCCGAGAACAUUGUGUGUGUGUUAACGGAAACUAUAUCAAAGAUCUGUCAAUCCUGGGGCGAGACCUAUCCAAGACAAUCAUUGUGGACAAUUCUCCACAAGCUUUUGGAUAUCAGUUGGAGAAUGGCAUUCCAAUUGUCAGUUGGUUUGUGGACCAGAGUGACUCCGAACUCAUGAAACUGUUGCCUUUUUUAGAGGACUUGGUUUAUAUGAAUGAAGAUGUCAGACCACACAUCCGGGACAAGUUUCGACUCUUCAGCUUCUUGCCUCCUGACUAAACUAACCAACGAAUGCAGCUUUAGAUCCUUAGGCCUUCUUUAUAUCGUAGUUGAGCUGAGCAGGACUUCUAUUACUCUUUUGAAAUACUUAUAUACAAGGUCAUUUUCAGAUCGGUUUUCUCAUAUAAUUUGUCAAGGGCAAGGCCCUAGAGGAGAGGUCCAGGAUUAUGCGAUGAGCCAAGGCUACCCUUUAAGAUGCUUUAGUUUAUGCCAAGUCAAAAAGGUGAGCACUACCAACUGUAAAUAGUCUGUGCCUUUGUCUCCUCGCCUUGGUCUUGGGCCAUAAAACUAGUACUCUCUAUCAUAGUGUAUUGAUAUAUAAUUAUAUCAAAUUUAAUUUGUACAAGUAAAUUUUCACAUUUAUAUUUUAAAAUGUAUGAAACUUUAACCAAAGUUUACAUUCUAACAUUGUGCUGAAGUAGAUUUGUUUUUUUUUUAGGUGUGUUUACUAUUAUUUUAUUGUUUGUUAAUGUAUUAAUUACAAAGCAGUAAUCAAAUAAGUAUUUUUAAUUUUACGCUUAAGUUCCAUUCAAACUCUUAUUUAUACUUUUUAAUUUUUUAACUUUAAAAUGAUCAAAUAAUAUUAAUUUCAUAAUGUUUUGUCAGGUUUAAACAUUGUGUAAUUUAGAAUUUUAUUGCUUUGGAUUGAUACAGUUUACUGUUCAUUAACACAGCUUUUUAGUAGAAAUUUGAAUGUCAGCAGUAGCAACAAUGUCCAGGAAAGAUGAGGGCCCUGGCUAAGUCGUAUUGCCCGGGAUCUGUGAAAGUUGUCUUCAUCCUAAUUCAGGGUUCACACAGACCUAGAGUCAGGGAAAGUCAGUGAACACUUUUAUAAGAUCCCAAAAGUCAGGGAAAUGAAGUAGAAAAAUACAAAUUAAUGACAAUUUUAAAAUAUUUUGAUUGUUUACUUAUUUAAAGAUUGCCAUUGUAAAAAUCAUAACUUGUUUAGUGCAAAUGUUUAGGGAUUUACUAAAGUAUGAGAAAAAGUUCUGUUUAUCAAAAUAUUAUUCUACCUACUACAUAUAUCCCUGAGCAAGAAGAUUAUCACUUUUGUGCUGCAUUAAAAAUUCAGGUAUAUAAUGUAUGAUUUUUUCAUAAAUAGUUCUAUAUGGAGGUCAAAUAGAGCACCAGUUUUGGUAUAGCAGGGAAAUUUCUUUAGUUAUGUAGUCAUAACAAAUCUGGAAAUUACAUUUAACAAUACUGUUUGAACCCUGUAAUUUUGUAUUAACCUUUUCACCGCGUUAAUCGACAAUAGUCGACUCACCAUUUUUUCUGUUCGCCGCGUAAAUCAACUUCAGUCCACAACAGCAGAAAAACUUCUCCAUUGGCUGUGUAAUUAGACUAUAGUCCCAAGUGAGUAAACGCCAUAUUCACUGCCUUCUGUAAAGUGCUGCAGCUGCGCGGCAAAUAUUUGAACUAGACUAGUCACAUUACGGUGUUGGCAGUUGUUCAGGAUCACGUCUGCUGCUUUUGCUGUGUUUACUAACGUUCAACAUUGGUUUUGUUUGGUUAUUUGUUAUGAGUUAUUGUCUUCAUAUUGUUUAGUUUUUA